AGUGGAGGUGGGGACAGUGCGUGUCCGGGAGCGGCGCCAGCCGCUGCUUCCGAGAAGGAGCCAGGUGUCGCUCAUAAAAGCGGUUUUGACCCGCGCGCGUUCUGGUUCCUCCCCGAGCGCUGCCCAGCCUUCACUUCCCAGGAGCGCGGGGCUCCCGGUCACUCCGCUUGCGGGGCAGCGCACGGGGCUGCGCAGAGCCACGCAGGUGCCUUUAACCGGCUCGGCGGCACCUACCAAGCGCCAUCCCCGGCGCGGCCUCGCCGCGGGAGCGUCACCCCGCGCGGCUCCUGGCGCCGGGCGUUGCGCCCCGGGGGGCGGUUUCGGGGGGUCUUUCCGCCGGCGGAGCGGGGUGCCGCGGGCGGAGCCGGGCCGGGCCGGGCGGGGGCGGAGCGGCCCUGCCGCCGGGGCCGCCGCGGUGCCGCGGCGCGGGGGGCGAUGCGGGCGGCGGGCGCUCCUCCCCCGGCCCCUGUGGCGGCCGGAGCCGGUGGCGGGCGGGCGGGGCGCGGCGCAGGCGCGGCGCACGGCGGGCUGCGGCCGGGCCCCCGCGCCGCUCCCGGGAGCCGAUGGCAGCUGCACAGCGCGGCCGCCCGGCGGAGCGCGGCGCGGCGCGGCGCCCCCGGCGCGGGAUGCGCGGGCGGGCGGGCGGCGGCGGCAGCUCCGGGAGCCGGAGGGACGCGGCCGGGCGGCCGGCGGCCGCGGCGCUCGCCUGACCUGCGUGCGCCGCUGGCCGCGCCGGGCUCCGCGAAGGAUGUCCGCCCAGUCCCAGGGGACCGCAUCCUCCUCCUCGUCGCCGUCCGAGGGGCCGCCGGCAGCCUCCAAAGCCAAGGUGAAGGAGCAGAUCAAGAUCAUCGUGGAGGAUCUGGAACUAGUCCUGGGGGACCUCAAAGACGUGGCCAAGGAACUUAAGGAGGUGGUUGACCAGAUUGACACGCUGACGUCCGAUCUGCAGCUGGAGGAUGAGAUGACGGACAGCUCCAAGACGGACACGCUCAACAGCAGCUCCAGCAGCACCACAGCUUCCAGCUUGGAGAAGGUCAAGGUGCGGGGCAGCACACCGCUCAUCAAGCCCCCCGCACACCCCUCGGCCAUCCUCACCGUGCUGAGAAAACCCAAUCCGCCGCCACCACCGCCGCGGCUGACACCAGUCAAGCGCGACGAGCCCCCGAGGCCGCUUCCUUCUGCCAACCCUGUGAAGACAAAUGGGACCUUGCUUCGCAACGGGGGCUUGCCAGGAGGGCCAAACCGCGUCCCGAAUGGGGAUGUAUGCUGUAUACCCAGCAGCACUUUGGACAAAGUCGCCAUGCAGCCUCUGAUGCAUAGACCUGAGAAAGAACGGUGUCCGCCACCAGGAACGAGGGAACGGGUACGAUUUAGUGAAAAAGUGCAGUACCAUGGCUAUUGCCCCGACUGUGACAUUCGAUAUAACAUUAAAAACAGGGAGGUGCACUUGCACAGCGAGCCUGCCCGCCUUGCAGGGAAGCCUCCACACCAGUGCCCUCCCCUUCCGCCGCCUCCGCCUCCUCUGCCUCCAUUCCCUCUCGAAAAUGGAGGGUUGGGGAUAAGUUCCAGUAAUAGCUUUCCUCCUCCGAGACCUGCGACUGUGCCUCCGCAAACUGCACCAAAACCCCAGAAGACCAUCUUGAGGAAAUCAACCACCACAACAGUGUGAUGUAUGCCACUUGAAGAAACUGUUUUUUCCUAUAUAUAAACAUAAAUAGGUAAUGAGCACUUUCUACUCAAGCAAUAAAAAGUCCCAAUAUAUUACUCCCUGCGUCCAGUGAAGUGGCAUAAAAAUCACAUGGCUCUGACAGAGACGGCAGCCACAACUUCUAGGAGUUUCCUCGUGUCUUUCCAGUUUUAUUUAUUGUAUUGCUUCUUCCUCUUACCCUGUUCGUUCUAUGGAAAGGAAGGAGGGACAUGGAAGACACGGGGGACACGCUGACACCUCUCAGAGCAUCUGCAGAAGCAUCGAAACAACGAUUUCCAAUGACUCUAAGAGAAGAUGUCACCUUCUAAUGCAAGCACCUUCAGGCUUGAAGGAAUGUCUAUAUCUGGAGGCACAUCAGUUAAUUUCUUGCAUAUCAGAUUCGUCAUUGUGACUUCUUGCAGGCCAGAUCUGAAAGCAGCCGGGAACGUGACCCUCCUUGGCGCACGGAGAAGCCCUUGGCGUCGGAGCACAAGCGAUCAUGCGUGGAGGCAGCACUGAGUCGUCCGUGUCAGAUCUGACAGCUACGAGCUGAGUCCUGGCAAAAGCCACAGCCUUAAAUCCCGUUCAGUCAGAACGAAGAAUCAAGGGGACCAAAUGUCUUGCCCCCUUACAGAAACUGCUCUUUCCUAGCCUGACGCUUGGGUUCUGCACCAAGCAACUGGAGUAACAAACAGUGAGUUUUUCAUGGGGUCCAGCCAGCAUCCAAAAAAUAUUUCAAUAUGUAGCCAAAAGGAAAAAUGAAGCACUUCGGCGAUAGCAGGAAACGAACGCAUUUACUGUAACGGAGGAAUGUUGCUGUCCGUGGGGAAAGAAGACCUCUGUCAUCCCUUGUAUAUAUUCAAAGCCAUACAGGAACAGGGCACCGGUGAUGUUAAAUUGCUUCAAUGGAUGCCAUCUCCUGUCCUCCACCCAGAUCUGAAGGAGUUCAGCUGUUACAGAUUGCAUCUCAAUGCACUUCUGGUAUUUGCACUGUCACUUCCAUUCAGGGUAAUGAUGUGUGCCACCAUUUGCACAGAUGGCCCCGGGAGACUUUUAACCACAGCAAGCGAUAUUUGCAGGGGCUCCAAAAGGAAUCGAAAAGUAAGAACUGAAGAAAAGAAUUGCUCUCUCUUUCGCAGUGGUGAUCUGUCCACUGAAAGGAUUAUGGUUCUUUCUUAGGUUUAAAUGUAUAUAUACAUAUACAUACAUCUCUAUAUAUAUGUAUAUAUAUGAAAAAGCAUCAACAUGAUAUGGUGGAUUUAAAAAGGGAUAUAAUAUUUUUUUAAUAGCAUCCAUUUUUUAUCAUAUUAGCAGCCAAGAAAUUUAAACUAUCGAAUUAUACAUCUAAAAUGUUCCUAUUUGAACAUUGACAUUAUCCUCCCUGUUACUGUUAAAGAAAAUAAGUCAUUUGUAAUAUGUAUUUGACAUAAAGUUUUUCUAGCCAUUUAUCUAUACUUCAUGGAGAAAUGUAACAGACGAACAGCAUUUUCAGUUUAUUUUUCUAAAUAAAUGUGUUGUUUAUAUUAUUUGCAGUCACUCAUUUUGGCUGGUUUUCAUUAUCUCCAAAAAAUGAUUUAAAGACAGAACCAAAACACAGAAAUUGUUCAUGUUAAGCUGUAAUGAUUUGCAGAUCGAAAGCUUUAAUAUAAAUAUUGUAAUUUGUAAAAUGAUGAAGUAUAUUUAUACAGGCACAUAUGUAUGGAAAACUAGAGAAGGUAUUUUAACUCUUAAUUUCAGAACAUAGUUUAUUUUAAUAUCCACAUGAAGAAGUCUGAAUAUGUGAUGGGAUAGAUUUUUUUACUUUCACUAACUUUAAGCAAGUGAAGAUUUGGAUGUGUAAGAAUGAAAAGAGUGUAGUCUAAUAAUGGCAGUUCCCCAAAUUACACACAAACCUUUUAUCAACUGGCUCACUUUAUUCAGGAACUGUUUUUUGGGUUAUAUUUUGUGUUAGGGUUUCUGGUUUGGUUUCUUGGAGGUGGGUUUUUUUUUCUUUUCUUUUUUUUUUUUUUUUUGGUCAUAGCAUACUGGCAAGACCAUAAAGAUUAAUUCUAUUAUUCUAUUUAAUCUCGAACAAUGAGAACCUGCGGGAUAAGAGAUUGUUCAUUACAGCCGUUUACAGUUAAGAACAGUCAUUGUUAUCCAUCUGCUGGAGUGUUUUGUUAUCACGUGAUUGACCAUUUCAAUGCUAGAGUUGUUUUGAAUAAAAAUAUAUAUUUUCCUUUUCUCUUA